ACACAUUUAAUUUUGUUAACCAGUUUAGAUAUUUAAAAAUUUGUUAAACCUAAAUAAUAUUAUUAAAAAAAUGGCAAAAGUUAAAAAUAUUGUAACGAUAGGCGAUGGAGCAGUAGGAAAAACUUGCUUGUUACACGCUUUCACAGAAGAAGCUUUUCUUAAUGAUUAUAUUCCAACAAUUUUUGAAAAAUCAGAAUUUGAAAUAAAUGUUGAUGAUGUUCCCCAUAUGAUUAAAUUAUAUGACACCGCUGGUCAAGAAGAGUACGAGGCACUAAGGAAAAGUAUUUACAAACACGCCAAUUGCUUUAUCGUUUGUUACUCCAUAAAUAAUCGUGACUCAUUUGAAAAUGUCAGGCCAUUCUGGAUAAAAGAAUUAUCGGCGGCAGCGGGGCAUGUUCCAAUCAUUCUUUGUGCUACCAAACUGGAUUUAAAGGAUUCGUCAAGUAAUUGUGUUACAACUGAAGAAGGAAUGGCAUUGUCAAGACAAAUAAAUGCAUUUUCAUUCAUUGAAUGUUCAGCUAAGGAAAAUUUAAGAGUUAAGGAAACUAUAUAUGAAGCUGUACGUGCAUCAACGGGAGCAGUUAAUCCCCAGUCAAAUGAUAUUAAUACUAAUAAUAAAAGUGAUUGUGAAUGUUGUGUAAUAUCAUAAUAAUAUUACGUUAUGAAUUAUUAACGGACCCGUAGACUUCGUUCUAUCAGUUUAAAGUUUUUAGUUUUAUUAUUAAAAGUUGAAAUCAAAAUAAAUGGAAUUUAUACAAUUGUCGAAAAGUGUUUUACCAAUGAUAUACAAUAAAACAU